AUGCACAUCGAGGAGAUCAUUCUUGACGGCUUCAAGUCGUACGCCACGCGCACGGUCAUCAGCGGGUUCGACCCUCGCUUUAAUGCCAUCACGGGGCUCAAUGGCAGCGGCAAGUCGAACGUGCUGGACGCCAUCUGCUUCGUCUUGGGCAUCACCAACUUGUCGCAAGUGCGGGCGAACAACCUCCAGGAGCUCGUGUACAAACAGGGCCAAGCGGGCGUGACGAAAGCCAGCGUCACGAUCGUGUUCAACAACCAGGACGCCAAGGCCUCGCCCGUGGGCUACGAGCAGUACGAGCAGAUGUCGGUGGCCCGCCAGGUGGUCAUUGGCGGCCGAAACAAGUACCUCAUCAAUGGCCACACGGCCCAAGUGAGCCAAGUGCAGAACCUCUUCCACUCGGUGCAGCUCAAUGUGAACAACCCGCACUUUCUCAUCAUGCAAGGCCGGAUCACCAAGGUCCUGAACAUGAAGCCGCCCGAGAUCCUAGGCAUGAUUGAAGAAGCAGCUGGCACGAGGAUGUACGAGAACAAGAAGCUCGCGGCGCUCAAGACCAUGACCAAGAAGGAGAAGAAAGUCGAGGAGAUCAACAGCAUCUUGGCCAACGAGAUCACGCCGACGCUCGAGAAACUGCGGGCCGAGAAAACGCACUACUUGAAGUGGGCCGCCAAUAACACGGAAAUGGAGCGGCUCCAGCGCUUCUGUGUGGCCUAUGAUUACCAGAAAGCACAGGACGCGCUGAAGAAUACAGCCCAGCAUGUGGAAAAGAUGCAGCAGGCUCAACGAGCUCUGAAAGAAGAGGAAGUGCAGAUUGAGCGCGAGAUUGACGACGUCGAAGACGAGGUCGAGGCGCUGCAGCAACAGCGAGAAAAGGAAAUGGGCAAAGAGUUUCAGCAGUUGAAAGACAACGUGGAAAAGAUUGGCAAAGACGUGGUCAAAUUUACCACCAAGUUGGAACAUUGCAAAGCCUCGAUCAAGCAGCAAGUGAGUGCACUAGCAGGUGUGAACGAGCAACAAGCUGAGACGGAAGAGACCAUGUCCAAGCUAGCAACAGAUAUUGAGAAAGCCAAAGAGAAGGUGGCCCGCAUUGAGGAAAUGCACACGGCCAAAGUCGCAGAGGCCAGCGACUACCAGCGCCAGAUCCAGGCGCUGAAUGCUGGUAUGGAACAGAGCGGACAAAGUGACGAGUCUCUGUCGGAGCGGUUGGUGUCGAAACAGCGGGAGUUGCAAGAGAAUAAUACUGCGAUCAAGCAGAUCAAUUUGAAGCUGAAGCACAUGGAGGAAAGCAUCAAGCACAAGCGUCGUGAGAUUGAGCAGACACGCAAGAACAACCGCAGCAUGGACGAAGAGCGUAAGCACAAGGUCGGUGAGCUGCAGCAUAUGCAGCACGAAGUUGAUCAGCUUACAAGUAGCUUCGACCCCGACGAAGAGCGCAAGCUUCACGACCGCGUCAAUGGGCUGCAAAGUAAGAUUGCGCGUGCUGAGAGGGAAGUGGAUGAGAUUUCGUCGGGGCUGUCGUCCCGAUUAGACUUCAAGUACACCGACCCUUACCGCAAUUUCGAUCGACAAAGCGUUAUGGGCGUGCUGAUCAACCUGCUCGAGACGAAGCACGAGUGGUCUGCGCUUGCUUUAGAAAUUGCUGCUGGUGGAAAGCUUUAUCAGAUUGUGGUGGACAAUGAGAAGACUGCAAAGGACAUUCUUAAGUUUGGCCGUCUCAUGAACCGCGUGACAAUUAUCCCGCUCAACCGCAUCUCGCGCAAGACGGUGGACCGUCACAAAAUGGACAAGGCACGACAGGUAGCUAAACAGCAAGGCGGGAAAGUGUGGGAAGCGAUGGAAUUGAUCCACUUCAAGCCAGACCUUCUUCCAGCGAUGGAGUACGCGUUUGGCUCAUCCAUUAUUUGUGAAACAAGCGAGCUUGCGAAGAACGUUACGUUCCACAGGGAUAUAAAGGUCAAGACGGUGACUCUCGAUGGCGAUUCGUUUGACCCAGCAGGUACGCUUCAAGGAGGCUCUACGCCGUCUAGUGGCACCCCGAUCCUUUUGAAGCUUCACCAAUUGAUCAAUCAUACUCGGGAGGUCAGCGACAUGCGACGGGAGUGCCAGGAGAGCUCACGACUCUUGGAUGGAAUGAAGCAGGAUUCCGGCCACUUUCGUCAGCUAAAGCACCAGAUUGAACUAAAAGAGCACGAGCUGCGCUUGCUUGACGAGCGUAUUGCGGGUAGUGUCUUUGCUCAGUUAGAACGUGACGUUGCUGCAUCGGAAGCGCAAUAUGCUCAGGAUAAAGAGCUUUUGGUUGCCAAACAGGAGGCUGUUGUCCAGCUGGCAAAGGAGGUGAAGGUUCUGGACACGGACAUUGCCGAUCUGAAGGAGUCACGACAGUCGAAGAUUGGUGUUUUGGAGAAGCGAUUCACCGAAGCGAAGAAAGAGACUCAAAAGGUUGAUGUGAAUCUCAAGGCUGCUCAGCAAGAACUGUCAGAGCUGGUGCUAGAAUCAGAAUCCGCUGAGCAGGAGCUUGCCGGCAACAGCGAGAGCAUAUCCGGCAUUGAAAAAGAGCUCGCUGCGCUGAACAAAGAGGAGAAGAAGAUAGAAGACAAGGUUGCUGAAAUCCAGGAUACGUACGAGAAUGCCUCGAAAAAGCUGGAAGAGCGACGCAGCCAUUUGACGCUGUGUGACCAACAGCUGAAGGAAUUGACUGCGCGUCAGAGUACUCUCUCGAAAAUGAAAAGCGACUUGGAGAUUGAACGCAAAAAGGCGGAGCACAAAAUAUCUCGGACGGCUAAAGAUGAAAGCGAUGCCAAGGUGAUGGUCAAGAAGCUGGAGAAAGCACAUCCAUGGAUUGAAACAGAAAAGGAAUUUUUCGGGCGCGAACAUACUGACUAUGACUUCCAGCGUCGGGAUCCAUCAAGUGCGAAUCACCGUCUGUUGGAACUAAAGGAAACGCAAGGCGCCUUGUCGAAGAAGAUCAACAAAAAAGUCAUGGGUAUGAUUGAGAAGGCAGAGCAAGAGUAUCAAGGUCUAAUGAAUAAGCGUCACAUCAUCGAGAACGACAAGGAGAAAAUCACAUCAGUGAUCAAGGAGCUUGAUGCGAAGAAGAACGAAGCUCUACAGACAACGUGGGUGAAAGUAAAUAAGGAUUUUGGCUCCAUCUUCGGCACGCUGCUUCCUGGGACGCACGCGAAGCUCGACCCACCCGCAAACGGGACGAUCCUCGAUGGACUACAAGUGCGCGUAUCGUUUGGCGGUGUGUGGAAAGAGAGCUUGACGGAGCUGAGUGGUGGCCAGCGCUCGCUACUAGCGCUGUCGCUCAUUUUGUCGCUUCUGCUCUUCAAGCCCGCACCGAUGUACAUCUUAGACGAAGUCGACGCUGCUCUGGAUCUGUCGCACACUCAGAAUAUCGGCCAGAUGAUUCGAUCCCACUUCUCCCACUCCCAGUUUAUCGUAGUGUCACUCAAGGAGGGCAUGUUCAACAACGCGAACGUUGUGUUCCGGACCAAGUUUGUCGACGGUGUAUCGACGGUAACCCGUACAGUUCCGAAAUCGCGUGCGCGAUAA